UGGAAGAAGCCUCAUAAUUUUGCCCCGCCAAAUACUAGUAGAGAUUUUUCGAGCUCUUUCGAAAUCUGCCGCGACUGGUUGAAACCCUAACUGAAUCUUCGAUCCAGAGACAUGGCAAUUUCUAGGGCAAAGACAUUGUUUUCGAGAAGCUUCUCUUCCCUCUCUUCUAAUCCGUUGCGCGUCUGCGUUGUCGGCAGUGGACCUGCUGGCUUUUACACAGCUGAGAAGAUGCUGAAGACACAUAAAGAAGCCGAGGUUGACAUCAUUGAUAGGUUGCCGACCCCAUAUGGAUUAGUCCGGUCCGGCGUGGCACCGGAUCAUCCCGAAACCAAGAUUGUGACAAACCAGUUUUUGCGGGUUGCUCAAAAUGAACGAUGCUCCUUCAUCGGAAACGUGUCACUUGGGUCUUCUGUAUCUUUGUCUGAGCUCAGGGAGAUAUAUGAUGUGGUUGUGCUUGCCUAUGGAGCUGAAAGCGAUAGAGUUCUUGGUAUUCCGGGAGAAGAUUUGACAGGGAUACACUCAGCUAGAGAAUUCGUUUGGUGGUAUAAUGGGCACCCUGACUGCAGACAUUUUGCUCCAGACUUGAAGGGCUCUGAUACUGCAGUUAUUCUUGGUCAGGGAAAUGUAGCUCUUGAUGUGGCACGUAUUCUUUUACGACCACCUGCAGAACUUGCAACAACUGAUAUUUCCAGCCAUGCUUUGGCUGCUCUAGAGGAGAGCUCUAUAAGAAAAGUAUACUUAGUUGGAAGACGUGGACCAGUGCAAGCUGCUUGUACUGCAAAAGAGUUACGUGAAGUUCUUGGUAUCAGAGAUUUACAUAUUAAUAUUCAAGAAGCUGAUCUAGUGAAAACCCCAGCAGAUGAGGAAGAACUGAAGAAUAGUCGAAUCCAGAGGAGGGUGUAUGAAUUGCUCUCAAAGGCAGUCGUUUCAGAAUCAUCUCAUCUCCGUACAAGCCAGCGUGAAAUCCACUUUGUUUUCUUCCGGAAGCCGGUUGGUUUUCUAGAUUCAGAUGACAGAACUGGUCAUGUUGCUGGUGUGCACUUUGAGAAGACAAUUCUCAAAGGUGGCUUUGGGAAACAAGUUGCAGUUGGUACAGGACAGUUUGAAGAUCUUGACUGCAGGUUAGUGCUAAAGAGCAUUGGUUAUAAAUCAGUACCAGUUGAUGGCUUACCCUUUGAUGCUUCCAAAGGCAUAGUUCCGAAUAUAGGAGGUCGUGUUUUAGUUGAUUCUUCAGGAGAUCAUCAACAACUGGAGGGUGUUUACGUAUGCGGUUGGUUGAAAAGAGGACCAACAGGGAUCAUUGCCACAAACCUUUAUUGUGCUGAAGAAACAGUUGUGAGCAUAUCUGAGGACCUUGAGAAAGGAGUAUUAUCUGCACCUAGCUUUCCAAAGCCAGGCAGGGAGGGACUUCUACAGUUAUUGGAUAGUAGGAAUGUCAAAGUGAUUCCAUUCUGUGCUUGGGAAAAGAUCGACACCGAAGAGAAAAGGCUUGGAAGUUUGAAAAACAAGCCUAGAGACAAAUUAAGCACAUGGGAAGAGCUACUGAAAGUUGCCUUGGAGUGAAGCGAUUCUCAAAGUUGAGUUAUAGUUUUUCAGAAAAAGAUAAAUUUCAUUCACAGAAUAGAGUAAGUUAAUCUUCUAUCAACCCACAGAAUAUCUGAAAAAUACAUGUUUCUAAGGUUAACUAUUAAUACUAAUAUCCAAAAAAUACAUAUUUUCUUUAGGUUAAUCACCCAUCGACAUAUUUGAUACCCCAGAAAAAUACACCUGUUUUGUAGAAUAAUGUUGUUUUUAUCGACCUGAGAGUUGCCCAUGCCACUCCCCCCACUUAUUGGCUCCGUCCCUACACAGCCCCAACUAUACUUUGUCUUGGUAGUUUUCAUCCCCUAAUCAAGCACUUCAUGUAAUUUGGUCUCAUGGUUUGUGCUUGUGAAGCGUUUAUCAAAACUCUACUUAUCAGUUGGCUGGGUACA